CAAGCGAAAUCGAAACCAAAAGAGAUGCAAGCGUUCUGAGAAAAGAUGACAAUCGCACCCACCGAGAACUUUGCUCCUCACACUGCAGUCACCACCUGAAUGAUGCACCAGGGUCUUCAAAUAAAAUCAAGACAUUAUUUCUAAAAUGUGGAACUCUUUUGCUUUCUCGUAUGUGGAUUUCUACCACUACACCAGCGAAAGGGCAAUAGAUGCAAUCAUUGAGUCAGGCUACAUCAACGAAAGUCAAAGUGGUGGUCCUGAUGCAUUCUAUGGAACAGGUGUGUACGGAACAUCACUGCCACCUUCCAGCGGUAAAAGACAAAUAGCCAACAAUAACUGGAAAGAAGGUUGGAGGAGGCGGGAAAAAGCUGGCAGGGUGGACUACGUCAUCAAACUUCGUAUACCCUCAUCCAGAGUUAAGGAGGUUAGAACCUCUAACCACCAGUUGUAUCUUCACCAGGGUCGAAUCCGUCUUGACGACUAUCCGUGGGAAGUCCUGGAAGUGUGAAGGACUGUGUUGUCAUUAUCUGACAUCAUUUGUCAUCUCUUACAGCUACUCUUACCAUUUGUAGCAGUAAACUUUACUCCUAUAUUCCAGUUCCUCUUAUACAUCAGCUUUGAAUAUGUAUAGCUGUUAUCUUUACACCACAGUUACCUAUACAAUGCAAUUAACUUUCGCAUUUAUUAAACUCUUAUCUUUGACAGCAGGGACCCGUAUAUAGCAUUAAUCGUUACACAAAACAAUCCAUUCUAUAGCUUUCGCUCUUGCACAGCAAUCAUAAAUUCAGUGCUUCUACAUUUUUUCUUUACUACAGCAUCAUAUUAAAAUUGUUUUAACAGCU